AUGGCGGCCCCAACCCAGUCCGUCCAAUGCUUCGGCCGGAAGAAGACCGCCGUUGCCGUCACACACUGCAAGCAGGGCCGUGGCCUGAUCAAAAUCAACGGUGUCCCGAUCGAGCUGGUCCAGCCCGAAAUCCUCCGUUACAAGGCAUUCGAGCCGAUCCUCCUACUCGGUCGCACCCGCUUCGGCGAAGUUGACAUGCGCAUCCGCGUUAAGGGCGGUGGUCACACCUCUCAGAUCUACGCCAUCCGUCAGUCAAUCGCCAAAGCACUCGUUGCCUACUUCCAGAAGUACGUGGAUGAACAGAGCAAGAAGGAGAUCAAGGACAUUCUGGUGAGGUACGACCGGACUCUGCUUGUUGCUGAUCCCCGACGCUGUGAGCCCAAAAAGUUCGGUGGUCGUGGUGCUCGUGCUAGGUUCCAGAAGUCCUACCGUUGA